GAACAAUCUCCGGACCCAUCCGCGUGGAUUUCCUCCGCCAUGGGUGCUACGGAAAGCUGCCAGCGCUGCUGCGGACGGGACUGGGAACUUCUGGAGGAUGGAGGAGGCCGGCGGCCCCUGUACCCCACCAGCGAGGUCUCGGAGCCUUUAAGCGUCAGGGGCCCUGUGGUGGACCCCCGUCAGCUGCUGGCGGACUUCCUGUGCGCCGGGGACGACCGUGGCCCGGGUGGCUUCCUGCAGCAGCAGGCCUUGCUGAAGAGGGCGGACGGCGAUGACACCAAGUGGUUCGCCGUGUUCCGGCCCACCAGCGUUGACGCGAUCAACAAGAUGAUGGACGGCUCUGGGACGGGGAAAGGUCUCAAUGUGAAGGGCAAGUCAGCAAAGUCUGGCCGCCUUUCAGGCUUCGUCCCGGUGCUGCAGAUCAGCGAGAACCGCCACAAGGCGCAGGUCUGUACAUCGCCCCCCGAGGCUCGCGUCAGAAUCUACUUCCCCCGGGAGGAGAUGUGCACGUCCGUGCUGCUGCGCAUGCGAAAGGCCUUGGACGACAUGUCACGGGUGGCGCGAGCCGCCUCUGAACGGCUGCAGUUGCAUAAGGCGGGCAAGCGGCCACUGACGGAUGAAGAGGAGGCCAAAGCCUUCAAGGACCUGUUGAUGGAGGUGGAGGAUGACUCCAUGCACGUGCUGCAGCUCUACAGCCCCGAGGCUUGGGGCUUGGACGUCCCGGAGCGAGUCUUUCGGGAAGUGUACAUCACCAGGGGCAACAUCAUCAGGGAUGGCGACUGGAAGACCGGCCGUCCUUCCGAGCCGGCGUUCAUGGACAUGAACCUGUACACGCUUCGCGAUGCAAGCGCCGCGCCGCGCGCAGUGAUGUGGCAGUUGGAUGUGGAGGACGGCCUAAAUCCCCUGAGCCUCCUGAUGGCUUACGAGGAGGACAAGGUGAAGCCAGUCGUCUCGGACUUCGACGCCUUUAUGCUGGGCUGCUCGGGGGCCAUGUCGUUCGAAAAGCUGCCGGAGGAGCAGGUCAAAGUGAUGAAGUGGACGCUUCAGCGCAUCGAGGAAGUCUUGUCCACGCCCAGCAAGUCCGGGUGGAUGUCCAGGUGGCUGGAGAUUCUGAAGCGGGAGUCGGACAAGGGCUUCCACCCAGAGAUCCCCAGGUUCGGCUUUGGGGACCCGACCUCCUAUCGCAUCGUGGAGCAGCUGGUGACUGCGAUGGGGCUCCUGGGCGCUGUGCGCCACGGCGCCGAGUGCUUCAACUACUACUUCCCACAAGACCUGGACGAUGAGUUCCUGGUGGUGUGGAGGGACUUCGAGACGGAGCAGCCAUGGAAAUACCUCACGGAGCCGGAGCUGCGGGGGUUCCUGCUGGACCGCAUCUCUGAUGGCUACAGCUUCCCCUUGAACCCGAAGUGGGUCAUCUGCGACAAAGGCUGGCGGGAGGUCUUCCUAAAGCUCCGGGCGGCCCCGCAAUUCAAGAAGCACCUGGACGCCUGGUUCCCGCACUCAUCUGGGCUGAUGCACCACAUCGACGAGCUGUGCAGGAGGUUCCCCAACGGCUUUGAGACGCCAGAGGGCGCAGAACAGCUGGAUUUCGACCUUGCAGAAUUGCAGCUGAGACGUUACGAGGCGCUGCAGCGGGCAAAGCGGAAACUCAAGGUGUGCCUCCGGUGGAUGAAGUUGAACAAGGGCUCAACGACGCUGGCGAACCCAGAGAGCCAAAGCCAGGAGCAGGAUUUGAAGCAGGUGGAAGUGGUGCCGGUGGAGGUGAAGCGGGUGACGCCUGAAAAGAAGCCCCCGAAGGUGGUGGAGGCAGAGGAAAAGAAGAAGCAGUCCUGCCUUUGCUGCUUCGGCGGAAAGGCAAAAUGAGUUUUGAAGCUUCGGCGACGCGAGGGUUUGCUCGGCCGCCCAAAAUGGCAGCGCCGGCGGUUGAAACAACCGUUUGGAUAUGUCCUUGGGUGCAGUUGACCCUUUUCAGGGUUGGA